GCUGGGAGACCUCGGCGCUCCUCGGCUGCCGGCAGCCACAGGAGCCAUGGAGCGGCUGGCGGUUCUGCUGUGGGUCUCCGCGGCGCUGGCUGCCGCCUCGUCCGCGCACCAGCCGCAGGGGCCGCCCAAAGCCGAGGAGCUGCUUUGUGGCCAGGAGGCGGCUUCCUCCUCCGUCUCCCUGUGGCCGCUGCCCCGCUCGCUCUGCGUCUCCACAGCCCGGCUGCAGCUGGCGCCCAAGCGGUUCCAGAUCGUCCACGGCCCGGGCUCCUCGGCGGGGCCGAGCUGCUCCUUGCUGCAAGAUGCGUUCCGGAGGUACUAUGAAUACAUAUUUGGGUAUUCCAAAUGGCAGAAUGAUGAUGAGAAGAAACCUCUUUUGGAAACGGAGCUAUCCUCGCUUCAGGUCAUUAUUACUUCAGAAGAUUCUGAAUGUGAUAAAUUUCCCAGCAUCACAUCUGAUGAAUCUUAUCAGCUCCAGGUAUCAGGACCUACAGCUGUGCUGAAGGCAGACAAAGUUUGGGGAGCAUUGAGAGGUUUAGAAACAUUCAGUCAGUUAGUAAAUGAAGACGACUAUGGAAGUCUAUUUGUCAAUGAAUCCGACAUUACUGACUUCCCAAGAUUUGCUCAUCGAGGGAUCUUGAUUGACACCUCAAGGCAUUUUCUGCCUUUGAAAACUAUCCUAUUGACUUUGGAUGCCAUGGCAUUUAACAAGUUCAAUGUCCUGCAUUGGCACAUUGUAGAUGACCCAUCCUUUCCUUAUCAGAGUGUCACUUUUCCUGAACUGAGUCGCCAGGGGGCCUAUUCAUACAAUCAUGUUUACACUCCCACUGACAUCCGUCUGGUGCUAGAGUAUGCUCGGUUACGGGGGAUUAGAGUUAUCCCUGAAUUUGACAGCCCAGGACAUACCCAAUCUUGGGGGAAAGGACAAAAAGAGAUCCUCACACCAUGCUACAGUGGAGCACAUCCGAGUGGGUCUUAUGGGCCUGUAAACCCCAUUUUGAAUACAACAUAUGAUUUCAUGGCUAAAUUAUUCAAAGAAAUUGGCAGUGUAUUUCCGGAUGAUUAUAUCCACUUGGGAGGAGAUGAAGUGGACUUCAGUUGUUGGAGGUCCAAUCCUGAUAUACAAGAAUACAUGAAGAAGCAAGGGAUUUGGUUUACCUAUGCUAAACUGGAAUCCCACUUUGUUGAGAAAAUAUUGGACAUGGUGUCUUCUCUGAACAAGAAAUCCAUAGUGUGGCAGGAAGUCUUUGAUCAUGGAGCAAAGCUACAGUCAGACACAAUAGUUGAAGUGUGGAUUGACACCAUGUAUAAAGAAGAGUUAAGAAAAGUAACCAAAGCCGGGCACGGCGCCAUCCUGGCAGCACCAUGGUACCUAGACCUCAUUAGUUACGGCCAGGACUGGAAGAAAUACUACAGCGUGGAGCCACUAGACUUCCUUGGGUUCCAAUCCCAGAAAGAGCUGGUGCUUGGUGGUGAAGCCUGUCUUUGGGGAGAAUACGUGGAUGCAACUAAUCUCACACCAAGACUCUGGCCUCGGGCAAGUGCUGUUGGGGAGAGACUCUGGAGCAGUAAAAAUGUAACCGAUAUUGGAGAUGCUUAUAACAGGCUUACUGAACAUCGUUGUCGCAUGCUCAGGCGUGGAAUAGCAGCGGCGCCUUUGUUUGUUGGAUACUGCAGGCACGAAGCAAGAGACCCCUAACAGCUGUAGGACGACGUUGCCAGAAGUGCCUUUCUGGGAGAAAAACCUGCACUGGAGCACUCUCAUUUUGAAAUGCUGAAAUUUAGAGAAUGUUAAAUUUCUUGUAGAUGUGGAAAAAAUAAAUGUUGAACUUUUUAAGAGAAAGUAGCUCAUUC